AUGUUAAACGACACAGAAGUGGUUGUAUACCAACACUAUCGGCCAGCUAGAGUAAAGCGAGUCAUUGCUUCUGGAAGCAGUGCGUUCAUUGGAGAAAUAGAUGAAUUCACAGUAUUGAAGUACCCUCUUGCGCCUGGUGGGGACAUGGGCCGACUCGACGUGGAGAGACGACUUCUUGAGGUUCUUGGACCACAUGAGCGGAUCAUAGGACUGAAGGCCUUUUCAGAAGAAGGGCUGUACUUGGAGCGUGCUUUCUACGGAACCUUGGCUCAGUUUAUACUUGAAUCAGGAUCCAUGUUAUGUUCUUCGAUUCAGCAGCAAGUAACCUGGUGCCGAGAGGCAUCUGAGGCGGUUGCGUGGGUUCAUACUCAUGGAGUUAUUCAUUGUGAUAUCCAGCCGACGAAUUUUCUCCUCGAUAAACAACUUCAUCUUAAGCUAUCGGACUUUCAAGGUAAACAAAUUUCGCCAGAUGGACAGGUACUACUUGACGGUGGAAGUGGCGAACCUUGCAGGUUUUAUUGCCCCCGUGAUGACCCUUUCGAAGCGGACAUUAAAACCGACCUCUUUGCGCUAGGGUGUACUAUCUACUUUAUCAUGAUGCGUCACGCAGUCUUUCCUGAGAUUGUGGAUGGAGAAGAUGGAUGGUUUGAAAAGGUUCAGGACAGGUUUGCGAAGUGCCAAUUCCCACAGGAAGUACAUGCAUGCAGCUCUAUCACUCGGAAGUGCUGGCAUAAGGAAUAUGCAUCCGCACAGGAGCUUCUACGAGAUCUAGAAGAUGUGAUUUAA